ACCGCCCUGGUAGCGUGCUCCCCGUCCAACCUACAUGCGGCCAUACAUCUGGAUUACUACGUCCUCUGGUAGAUAUCUUAACAAGUAGACCCCCAUCCACUAGCAUUCAUCCUCACGGCCUUAGUUCAAAUAUCCGCACAGAAACCCUUUCCAAUAGUAACUUUCCCUGGCAUUAAAAUUCCAAGAAGCCAUUCUUCAGUCUCCUUUUUCGGGGAAAUUCCCAGCAAAUUCAUCUCGCUAAUUCUUGCACUGCAAUACACUGCUUACCUCUCUGUUGUUUCUCUUCUGUAAGGCCGUUAAGUAUCACGAUCCUUCCCUGAUUCCAUUUUUAGAUUUUUCCAUUUAACCUACUCACUGAAGUUGAAUCAUUAGUUUCCUAGUCAUUGUUGCGGAAUUGUUCCUCCUAUCUCCCUCUUAAGCCGCUGUGUCCUUAGUGACCCCACUGUUGCAACUCCUUCCCUUACCGUUGUAUCGUCACUGUUGCUGGACCGGAAGUGUCCAGUUACUUGGUGUAGACUCAAUCCGCCAAAAUUGAGCUCCAGGCCCAACUCGACCACCUGCUUGAACGCUUCCUUCUGAGCCCCUGCAAGUCGCUCAAAGCGAAGCUGCAAACAAUGACUUCCGGAGGCGGACUGGAGCCAGCCAACUACAGGCUCAGCAAGGACAUUGCGCCCCUUACGUACACCGACUUGCUGCCGUACAACACUCAACAGGGCGUGCCCGUCACCCGAGAGUUCCUUCUGAAGCUGAUCGAUGUACUUCUGGAGUUCGUGCGUCAGACCAAUGACAGGAACUGCAAGGUGCUGGAUUUCCAUCAUCCGGCCGACAUGAGGCGCCUGCUGGACCUGGACCUGCCAGACAGACCUGCUACCCUGCAGCAACUUAUAGACUACUGCUGCCUCACUCUCAAGUAUCAGGUGAAGACAGGUCAUCCACACUUCUUCAACCAACUGUCGUGCGGUCUCGACCUGGUCUCCAUGGCGGGCGAAUGGCUUACAGCAACCGCCAACACCAACAUGUUCACGUACGAGAUCGCUCCGGUCUUCAUCCUCAUGGAGCAUGUGGUCAUGGAGAAAAUGAGGGAAAUCAUUGGCUUCCAGGGUGGUGACUCCAUUCUCGCUCCAGGUGGCUCAAUAUCGAACCUGUACGCCUUCCUUGCAGCUCGGCACCGAAUGUUUCCUGAUUACAAGCAGAAGGGUCUCAGCUGUAUACCGGGUCAGCUCGUGAUGUACACCUCAGAUCAGUGCCAUUACUCGGUGAAAAGCUGUGCAGCUGUUUGCGGCCUGGGAGUGGACAACUGUGUUGAGGUGCCAUCUGACAGCAGGGGGCGCAUGAUCCCAUCGGAGCUGGAGCGCCUUAUCCUGGAGAGAAAAGCGAAGGGCCACAUCCCCUUCUUUGUGAACGCGACUGCUGGAACUACAGUAUUAGGGGCAUUUGACCCCAUAGAUCCGAUUGCUGAUAUCUGCCAGAAGUACAAACUGUGGCUGCAUGUUGAUGCCGCGUGGGGAGGAGGCCUGCUUCUGUCCAGGAAAUAUCGACACCCCAGACUCUCUGGCAUAGAGAGGUCAGAUUCCGUGACGUGGAACCCGCACAAGCUGAUGGGGGCGCUCCUACAGUGCUCUACAGUUCAUUUUAAACAGGACGGUACAGACGGCUUCGAGAAGCACAUGGACAGGCUGAUGGAACUGACUGAGUACAUGGUGAAGCGCAUUAAGUCAAUGCCAGACAAGUUCUACCUCAUUCUUGAGCCCGAACUGGUCAACGUAAGCUUCUGGUACGUGCCCACGCGCUUGCGCUCCAUGCCACAUGGGCCAGAACGGGAAAAGUUACUUGGACAGAUCACACCAAUUUUGAAGGGACGCAUGAUGACGGCAGGCACGCUGAUGAUUGGCUAUCAGCCUGACGAUGUGCGACCGAAUUUCUUCAGGAAUAUCAUCUCAAGUGCGGCCGUCGUGGAGGCAGAUAUUGAUUUCCUGUUGGAAGAGUUGGACCGUCUGGGACGCGACCUGUAGAAUGUCAGCCUUCACCUCAUCGCCCAUAAAUGAGUAUUCUUGAAGGAAAGAGGUAGAGUCUCGAUCUCUCAUUUUAGAUUUUGGUUUGUGUCAGACAAUCACUGACGCUUACCAACAAAUUGCAGAUCAAGUCUUAAAGUGAUUGUUAAGCUUAAAUUCGUCUUACAAAGGCGUGUCUUGGAGCAGCUGCCAUUUUACCAACGGAUAGAUUCCAUCUUACCUUCAUUUGUUUGCAACAAACUAGCCACAGCUGGAAGUUUAACUUGCUCAGCAACAUGUCUUUUUUUUUUGGAUUAGUUAACAAUGUUGCUUAACAUAUGGCAGUGGACAUGCCUUCUUUUUGUUAUUCUCAGGAAGCUUAUUUUGUAAACAGCACUAAUUUUGGUACUUCAUUAUUAAAGUCUUCAGACGUGGGAGCUCAAAUGUGCAAUAUUAGUACGUAAACACAUAUCUCCGGGAUGUGCUGUCUGUACCCAGGGCUUGGGUUAGAAGCACUACAAAGGUUUCGGUGUAUAUUCAAAUUAUUCAUGUCAUAUCACAAGCACUUAUCCUCUGCGUAAAUUUAGAAGUCCCGUCCAAUUAGCUCAAUCAUAGCUUAAACAGGACUUAAAACAAAUUUUAGAUUAAUAUGUGGGACAUUAUUAUUUUUUUUUGGCAAAAAUCGCACGCAGAGUUUAUAUAUUGCUAGAAUAUGUCAUUUACUUUUCCUUUGUUGAAGGCAGAUGUCAUGUUUCAAGUCCACGUCUCAAUUUUAAGUUACUUAAAUGUGUAAAUGCCUUAAAUGUCUUAAUAUAUAAUAUAAAGUUGGUUCAUAAUAAAUAGAGGUGUUAUAAUUCCAUCUAUAAACAAUUUUAAACACACCCCGAGGAAUGAUUUAUGUUACAUGGGGCUCAAGAAAUCUUGUGGCACCUCUACCGAAUAAAUUUCAAUAAGAAAAUUCUUGUUCAAUGAAUUGAAUCUUAUAACACCUGGGACGUAGUAACUUCAAAUAUAGUCUAUCUAUGAGAUAUUAUAUGAAGAUACAAGUAUGUUCAAUUCAAUUUAUACGUCGUUUCAAGCUUAGGGGAGUUUAUUGACGUUGUGUUGGUAUGAGAAUAGUUGUUUAUUUUUUAAGAGAAAAACAAUUUGAUUAAGAGAAUAUUAUUCUAACUGUUGUAUAGUAAAUGGUGGGUGCCGUCCCAGAAUCCACCGAACGGUCAAUUUGUAUAUAAGUACUGAUGUAUUUAUACGUAGAUAAGUAAAAUAUAUAGGAGAGAUAACCAAUGCGACGAUGAUAUUCAUUGAUUUUGAUUUUGGAAACAUGUUUUAGAUGUACAUAAGUUCUCACAAGUGUCUCGUAACGGACAUUUCACGCUGGUUCGACAAUAUUCUAGCUGUUAUUCUGUUAUCAUGAUGAUGAAGAAACUCAGAGCUGUUGUUAUUUCAUGUCGAUGUUAUUCAUAUUGAGAGUAUAUACAUGUAUAGAUAAAUAUAUAUACUGUAAUUUAUAGGAGGAUAAUAUACAUUAAAGUAAAGCAAAAUACUAAGUAACGGUUAAGUAGCCUCAACAUUCCAAUGUGUAGCCGCGCAAUAAUGUUAUGUACAUUUCAACAUAGAGGUUGUUAUUAUGAAGAGGUUCUCACAAAGUUUCAGCUGCCUGUCCUUAAGAAGGCUCAUUUUAAUUCAGAAAGUUUCAGUGCUCUUCUGAAUAAUUCGAAGAUAAAAAGCUCCGUGGCCUGUGGUCCGCAAGCGAACUAUACCGACCGAGCGACCGUCGCUUGUCGGCGAUGUUAGUGCCAACUUUUACGGAUAGAGGGUGUCACGUGGUCAGCGCAACGGAUCCACACGGCCGUUAAUCGCGGUUUUCUAGACAGAAGAUAAUGAAGUUAAAUUUAUAAUAGGUGUCAGUUAAGGCAUGUAAUAAUAACAUACAGCAAAAGACAUUUUGGGAACCUCCGCCUGUAGAAAAGGAAGUACAAUUCUGUAUAUUUACAUGGCCUUGCGAAGUUAUGAAAAUACCACAAGAGUCACACUUUAUUUUUCCUUCCUGUGUCUGAGUUAUUUGUUGUGUAAUAUACCAUUUGCUUGCCAUUACGGCCUAUUGUACAUUGUAAUUAAACAAAAUGGGACCUAACUGAACCAAAGAUGAGCUGUAACUAGUUUGGAAAUUUAUUUUUAAACGCUUAAAGCUUAGCUUCUUUUUUAUAUAUAUAUAAUUUGUCCUUCCCCUUACAAUUUGUAGCUUGUUAGGAAGACACAACGACCUCUGUUCUUGUAAAGAACUAACAUUGUUAACGUAACACAUGCCGCUUGAGACGUGCUAUUUUGCAACUAAAACAAAACUAGGGUGUUAAUAUGCAUUCACUUUGUUAAUUGUAGAUAAUUCUGAAACACGUUCGCGCGGAGUGGGAAAAAGAGGGGGUAUGUUUUCCAAAGCCAAUAGGUCUACCCUAACACACAGUAAAAAUUGUCGUCAUAAUAUUUCUAUUAAAUACAUAAUAUAAGAAAGGAAACUUAAUAGGUCUUGGAUAAGUAAGGAAGAAUGAUUAAAAAUUGAACAUCCAAGAACUGUCUUUCAGAAUCGCGCCGACGUGGAUAUGUGUGUGUAUUUUAGUGUGCUUCCAUGUUUGCUUAAAUAGCGGAACUUGAAUACAGUCACGUCAAUACCCUAUUCGUUAUUUUGAAUAUGUAACUUCAGUUUAAAAUGAAAAAGACAUUCGCGGGUGUAGAUGUUUGGCUAUGGUCAUAACACAUGCUGGAAUUUCAAAGGAAGUUUUAAAAUUUUGUGGACUUUACAGUAGGUGUAUACAUACGGGGAUAAUCAGUUUUCCUGGAAUGUAAGUUGAUAUAAAUAUUGCCUGAAUUCACCGCAUGCACGUACGCAUUUUUUCGCAAUGGUUUCAUAAUGUUGUUUAGACUUAUCCUCCUAGUCAGCAAUUGAUUUCACCCUUUCAUUUUCCCGUUCAGUCACAAAUGAAUCAUGAUUUGAAAGCAGUACUGGCUGACAAAAGGGGGCACGCGGUAGCGUAGUUCGUUGAGGCACUAUGCUACAGGCCGGAAGGUCGCGGGAUCAAAUCCCGAUG